AUGACGGACAGCGAUGCAAGGACGCAGCGAAUACGGGUUAUGCGUAAACCAGUCACCAAUACGGACAGAUCGAUAGACAGACAGUCGACAGAGAAAACGGGACCGAAUGAUGGAGAAGUGGAGAUAGGUGAUGAUGAGGAUGGAGAAGUAGCCAGGGGAGGUAAAGAGGUACCUGUAGAGCUGGGUGAGGAAGAGGAAGAAGAUGGAGGAAGAAGAUGGAGGAGAGAAGAGGAAGAAUUAUUGGCAAGUUUAGGCGCAAAUUGGCCGGUCAGCAAGAACGAUCAGUUCAUUAAUCAAUUGAUUGAUUGA